AACCUAUAGUAACUUUUAGUUCGAUUUUCGGCAUAUGAAAAUUCAUUUUCCUUUUUUCUGCGUCAUUAAUUUAUAAGUACAGCGCGGGACACCCACGGCUUCAAAACGAAAACAUUCAACUAUGCCAGCGUGUGAAUAAAUUGAACUUAGUUAAACAAGCGGCACGAUUUCCCUUUGGCGGUUAAAACAAUCAUGCUUGAAUAAUUUUUCGAAGACCUAAAGCUCGGUCAGUCUGCAAAGUGCAUCUGCUGUUCCAUAGUCGUUUUCUCUGAGGUUUCUUAAGUUCUGGGUCGAUUUAAGAACUAUGAGUAUAGAAUUCAGCAUCAAUGGGAAACUUUUCCAAAUCGAUCCCAAGAAAGUGCCCGUCGAAACAUCCUUGAACACGUUUAUUCGAGAUCAUGCUCAACUCAAAGGUACCAAAUUCAUGUGUCGAGAAGGAGGAUGUGGUGCUUGUGUCGUCAAUGUGACUCAACUUAAUCCGGUCACGAAAGAGAUUGUUACUAAAUCUGCCAAUUCGUGUUUACUUCCGGUGUACUCCUGUCAUGGUUGUGACAUCCUUACCGUGGAAGGUAUCGGCAAUGGAGCCGUGGGAUUCCAUCCCAUCCAGAAGCGCUUGGUUGGAUUCAAUGGGUCUCAGUGUGGUUUCUGCACUCCAGGGAUGGUCAUGUCCAUGUAUAGCUUGCUGGAGUCUAACAAUCAAUCGGUUACGAUGCGAGAUGUAGAAAAUAACUUCGAUGGAAAUAUUUGUCGAUGCACCGGCUAUCGGCCGAUACUGGAUGCGUUCAAGACCUUUGCAACGGAUGCCAAGGAAGUGGAUAAGCUGCUUUGUAAUGACAUUGAGGAUUUGUACAGUGACCGUUUGCCGAAAGCUCGCAACGGAGUUUGCUCAAAUCGCUCAAAAUCAAUUCAAGUAGAAGCAAAUGAACUUGUGACUAUUUCUAGGGAAGGCAAAGAUUGGUAUAAAGUGUAUUCAAUAGAUCAGAUUUUUAAGUGUUUUAGUUUGAUUGGAUCUCGACCAUAUAUGUUGGUUGCUGGGAACACUGCUCAUGGAGUUUAUAGAAGACGGAAUGAUCUUCAGGUUUUCAUCGAUGUGUCCACGGUGCAGGAAUUGCAUCAAAGGCAAAUCGGAACGGAGCUGGUUGUGGGAGCCAAUGUUACACUUAAUGAGCUGCUAACAAUCAUGAAUGAAGCCACUCUUGGCAAUAUAAAGUUUCAGUAUUUGAAAACCAUGAUAAAGCAUGUGCGUCUCGUGGCAAACCCAUCGGUACGGAAUUUUGGGACCAUCGCAGGUAAUCUUAUGAUCAAGCAUGAACAUCCCGAGUUUCCGUCCGAUAUAUUUCUUCUACUAGAAACAAUAGGAGCGAGCUUAACUGUUUUAACCUCAAAAGAAACGUCUUUAACCGUUUCUCCUAAAGAAUUUCUUUCCAUCAACAUGUCCAAAAAGGUCAUAAAGCACAUCACAUUUCCUCCAAUACAUCCGGUCCAUGGCAUCUUCAGGUCGUACAAAAUAAUGCCAGUGGCCCAGAACGCUCGAGCCUAUGUGAAUGCAGCAUUUUUGAUCAAGUUGUCGAUAACUGGUGAAAUUCCGGAAUCCGUAACUUUGUGUUUUGGAGGCAUAAACCCUUGCUUUGUACACGCAACACAAACGGAAAAUUACCUUAUCAAUAGGCCAAUUUUCACAAAUCAAACAUUGAAACAAUCCAUGGCGAUCCUUUCUUCCGAACUGAGUCCUGAUCACGUUUUACCGGAUGCAUCACCUGAGUACCGAAAAAAUCUGGCAUUGUCACUCUACUACAAGUUUCUGCUUGAGUUGGGAAAGCAACGUAAGAUCUUAGACCCCAGAUAUGUUUCCGGAGCAACCGAUUUGGAGAGACCUCUCUCUUCGGGCAGACAAAGCUACGAUACCUAUCCAAAAAAGUGGCCCCUCACACAGAACAUAUCCAAAAUCGAGGGCCUUAUACAAGCGUCUGGAGAUGCGGAGUACAUCAACGAUAAGACUAAACUUCCGAAUGAGUUGUACGCCGCUUUUGUACUGGCUACGGAAGUGCGCUCCCGCAUUAAAUGCAUUGAUGCAACCGAAGCCUUGUCAAGGUGUGGAGUUGUGGCAUUCUAUUCGGCGAAAAAUAUACCGGGAAUCAACAAUGUGAUGCCGAUCGAUAUGGGAACUCCGGAGGUUGAGGAAAUUUUCUGUAGCGGGGAGGUUGCCUUCCAUGGGCAACCCGUUGGAAUCAUUGUGGCGGAAAGUUUCGAACUUGCGAACGAAGUCACGGCCCUUGUGAAAGUGUGCUAUGAGCGGAUUUCUUCAGAGCCCAUAUAUACUACUGCACAAAAGGUGAUCGAGGCAGAUGCCGUCAAUCGUGUCAUGAACACGGGCUACGAUCGACAUGGUACAAAUUACGAUGCAGCUGCCGAAGGGCCCAUCAAAAUCAAGGGCCAUCUGGACCUACUAGGCCAAUACCAUUAUUCGCUGGAGACACAGACCUGUUUUGCUAUCCCCGUCGAGGAUGGUUUGGACAUCUUCAGUGCUAUGCAACAUGUAGAUCUAGGACUGGCAGCACUUUCACAAGCUCUUAAUAUGCCUCAAAACAGUAUAAACCUUGUCGUUCCACGUCUCGGAGGUGCUUACGGAUCUAAAGUUUCAAGAUCGAUUCCAACUGCAUGUGCUUGUGUUAUGGCGGCUUUACUCACUAGGCGUCCAGUUCGUAUGGUUUUGCCAAUGGAAACCAAUAUGUCAUCUACUGGAAAACGCCUCGGAUGCUUUAGCGAGUACGAAAUUGACGUUGAUAAGGAGGGAAGAAUUAUCAAGCUGAGCAAUACGUAUACCCACAACGCAGGCGCAGUUGUCAACGAAGUGCCAGGAUUCAUUACGAGUGACAUUUUCAAAAGCUGUUACAAAACUGACAGUUGGAAUUUGGUGGGUAAUGUCACCCAAACAGAUAUUGCACCGAAUACGUUCUGCCGUUCGCCUGGUGCUUCGGAGGCCAUCGCAAUGGUCGAAAACAUCAUGGAGCACAUCGCUCACGCGGUCGGAAAAGACCCUCUGGAAGUUCGACUUCGUAACACGUCAAAAAAUAACAAAAUGCACCGAUUGAUACCCCAGUUUCGUCAAGAGGUAAACUUCGACGAAAGAAAAAGAGAAAUCGAUAUGUUCAACAGCAAAAAUCGUUGGCGAAAGCGUGGCAUUGCAUGUAUCAUCAUGCAGUACAGUAUGGAGUAUUCGGGGAUGAUGAACGCCCUGGUAUCGAUUUAUCACACCGAUGGAACUGUAGCGAUUACGCAUUCGGGUGUAGAAAUGGGUCAGGGUAUCAACACCAAAGCCGUUCAAGUUGCGGCCCAUAUUUUGGGACUGCCAACCGAUAUGAUAUCGGUUAAACCGACCUCGAGUUUGACGUCCCCAAAUUGUCAGGCAACGGUCCACAGCCGAAGCAGUGAAAUUGUGGCUUUCGCUGUUCAAAAGUGCUGUGAAAUGCUGGUGGAACGACUACGACCUUUCCGGAAAAAUCAACCCCAGGCAACGUGGCAAGAAAUUGUGAACCAAGCUUUUCUAGCCAAUGUGGAUUUUACUGCCGUCUACAACACAGCUCCGUUUGAUCUGAGGGGUUACCCGCUUUGGGGUCUCACCUGUGCGGAAGUGGAGGUUGACAUACUAACCGGGAAUGUGCAAGUAUCCCGGGUGGACAUACUCGAGGAUGUGGGAGAAAGCAUGAGUCCGGGAAUCGAUAUAGGACAAUUGGAGGGCGCUUUCGUUAUGGGUCUGGGAUACUACUUAACUGAAGCCUUGGUAUACGACCCAUCCAACGGAAAGCUGGUGAACAAUCGAUCCUGGAACUAUAAAGUGCCCGGGGUGAAGGAUAUUCCGAUCGAUUUUAGGAUUAAAUUCCUUCAGAAAAGCUCCAACCCAGCUGGUGUGUUGAGCUCCAAGGCUUCCGGUGAGCUUGCGCUCAAUAUGAGUCCAGUUUUAACUUAUGCUCUACGAUACGCUCUGAGGUCAGCCAGAAAAGACGCUGGAUUGCCUGAUGAUUGGAUUCCAAUUGGUUCAGCGACAACUCCAGAAAAAAUCUUCCUGAUGGCUGGAAAUUCUUUUGAAAACUAUGACUAUAACUAAACUUGUAACACGAUUUUAACCGAAAUAAUUUAUCUUAAUGAAUUAAAUAGUAAUAAAAUAAAUAAACU